GACGUUGUACCUUCGAUCGACGUGCGAUCUCUUGUACUCGUACUACGCUUUAUAGGCUGGCGGGUUCACUCUGUAUUGGGCCUUCAUAGGAUUUUGGGAUAGAUGUCUAGCGAACGGCCACUCUAUAUCGUCUUUGGUUACGGGUCCCUCAUUUUCAAGCCUCCUCCGCACGUCAUCAAAGAAAGCCCGGGUUAUCUGAAGGGAUAUGUACGCCGCUUCGCACAGAAGUCGCAUGAUCAUCGAGGAACACCGGAGAACCCCGGCAGAGUCGUGACUCUGAUCCACAAGGAAGAUUGGGACAAAUUCUCUGGCUCCGAUGCAUUUCCGGACGACGACGUGGUUUGGGGUAUCGCAUAUACCAUAGAUCCGGCGUACGAGGCUGAAGUGAGAGAUUAUUUAGACUAUCGGGAGAAGGACGGCUACACCUUAGAAGAGGUUGACAUUUAUGGAAUCGUAGACGGCCACGAACAAGUCAUUCUCCCUAAGGCACUCUGCUAUGUUGGCCGGCCAGACAACCCUUCAUUCCUGGGUUCAGAGCCGAUCGACAAGCUCUCCGAACGCAUAUGGCACUCUGUAGGUCCCUCAGGACCCAAUAAGGAAUACCUUUAUAAAUUGGCCGAGUCGGUUAGACAUCUGGCGCCCGAGUCGCAUGACUCUCACCUGUUCGCCUUAGAGACGAGAUGCCGCGAAUUGGAUCAGAAAGCAAGAGGGGGAAGUACUAGUGCUGUUGACUUGUAGGCUUUAUAGGCCACUUAUUUGAGUAUUUCAUAUGCUAGUCGU